AAUCACUCCCAUCUCACACUCCUCCAUGUUGCAAAACAAUCAAAAGUAAAAAUAAAAACAGACAAAAAAUAAACAUAAAUAUUUAUUUUUCCGGUGUAUCUCUAUUCGGGGAUGUGGAGCCUUCUGCAACCUGGCAGCAAUGCAAGCUCUAACCUUUACCUGUCUGCAACAACAUCAACAACAACACCAUCAUCAAACUCAUCUUCAUCUUCUUCCUCACUCUCAUUGCCUUGAAUUGCAAAACUCCUAACCCAUUUUCCCCAACUGGGUUUCUCUCAUUCACAUUGAUCUCCAAUUUUUUUUCUCCAUAAAGUUCCAAUCUUUAACAACCACUGAUUGAAAUUCCAGAGAGAUCUGAGUCCCUCAUUCAUUUCCCCCAAUUGGGUUCCAAAAGGAACCAAAGAUUCUCCAAUCUCCAACACCAAUGUUGCAGAACCCCUGAUUUUUUUUUUUUUUUGCUUUCAGCAAUUAGAGAGAGAGAGAGUAGUGAAAAGGGUUGAGCUUGGAGCUACAGUGGGGCUUGAGAAAAAUGAAAGCGAGCCAGAAAGAUCAAGAGAAAGUAAUUUGGGAUCAGAUGCGGAGCUCCACAGGGACCCCAAUUCCUGGACCCGGUUCUCAAUCUCGAGCCACCCCUAAACUCCUCGUCUGGCUCAUCCUCUGCGUCUCUCUCACUUACAUCGUCUACACGCUCAAGCUCGUCUCCACCUCCCGAGCCGCCUGCUCCGAUGAAAAUGACCCAUUUAACCCUGUCCGCCUCUCCUCCUCCACCGCCACCGCCACCAACAUCACAACCGUCCAAGAUCGGACGGCCGAGGUUCUCCAGCUCCAAACCCACCAACCCAUAAACGAAAACCACCCGACGGAGAUAAACGACAUCGUAUUCGGCAUUGCCGCCUCCGCCAAGCUUUGGAAACAGAGGAAGAACUACAUCAAGCUCUGGUACAAGCCCAACUCGAUGAGAGGCAUAGUUUGGCUGGACCGCCAAGUAGAGGAUAAAAACCCGGAAGGCCUCGGCCUACCGCCGAUUAAAAUCUCCGGCGACACCUCCGGGUUCGCGUACACUAACAAACAGGGGCACCGGUCCGCGAUUCGGAUAUCUCGGAUCGUCUCCGAGACGCUGCGUCUUGGGCUCAAGGACGUGAGAUGGUUCGUAAUGGGGGACGACGACACCGUUUUCAUCACCGACAAUCUCGUGAGGGUCCUGAGGAAAUACGACCACACGCAGUACUAUUAUAUCGGGAGCUUAUCGGAGAGCCACUUGCAGAACAUCUUCUUCUCGUACGGCAUGGCGUACGGCGGCGGCGGCUUCGCCAUCAGCUACCCAUUGGCCAAAGCUCUGAGCAAAAUGCAAGACAGGUGCAUACAGAGGUACCCGGGACUGUACGGCUCCGAUGACCGAAUGCAGGCUUGCAUGGCGGAACUCGGUGUCCCACUCACUAAAGAACUCGGCUUUCACCAGUAUGAUGUGUACGGCAACCUGUUCGGGCUCCUUGCAGCACAUCCGGUGGCACCCUUAGUGACAAUGCAUCACCUUGAUGUGGUGGAGCCCAUCUUCCCCAACGCAACCCGCGUUCAAGCCCUUCAGCGGCUUCUUGUACCAGUGAAGCUGGACUCAGCAGGAAUCAUGCAACAAUCCAUCUGCUAUGACAAGUCAAAGAGUUGGACCAUUUCUGUUUCUUGGGGAUUUGCUGUUCAAAUUUUCCGAGGAGUAUUUUCACCCCGUGAGAUGGAAAUGCCUUCACGAACAUUUUUGAAUUGGUACAAAAGAGCAGAUUACACAGCAUAUGCAUUCAACACUCGUCCAGUUAGCCGAAACCCCUGCCAGAAACCAUUUGUAUUUUAUAUGUCAAAGGUAAGAGUUAAUGCUACGAUGAAUUCAACAAUCAGUGAGUACGUCCAGCAUCGUGUCCCUCAUCCCCACUGCAAGUGGAAGAUGGCUGAUCCUGCUGAUCUUGACAAAGUCGAGGUUCACAAGAAGCCUGACCCACAUCUAUGGGAGAGAUCUCCGAGAAGAAAUUGUUGCAGGGUUAUGAAGUCAAAGAAGAAAGGGCCAAUGGUGAUAGAUGUUGGUUUAUGUAAAGAGGGUGAGAUCAGUGAAAUAUAGCACCAUUUGAUCAAUGUAGAAUGGAAGCAGCUUCUUUCUCUUUUUUCUUUUGAUUCUUCUUGCUUCUUCUUUCCCUUCCUCCAAUUGAUUCUUAGGCUUAUUUCUUAAUUUGUUAUCUUUUACAUUCCAAAUUUUGUGUCAUGGGGAGUCUCUCCACUGUCAAACAAUCAUUAGAAAGGCAAAAAAGAAUGUUCAUGUACAAAAGUUGUAGGCUAUACAUUUCCACAAUUGUCUGAGCAGUUAAAUUAUUCAUUUACAA